CUUGGCUGGCCCGAGAGAUGGGAAGAAGCCAGCUGUUUCCCUAGCCAGCCCGGGUUCAAGUCCCGGUAGCACCUCCAGGCGCGAUCCCUGAGCUCAGAGCCAGGAGUCUCCACUAGGUGUGGCUCCCCAAAACGGCAAAGUUUUAAGUAGAAGGAUCACUCCUGGUGAGGCUUGGGAGACUCCAGAGCGACCAGAAGCCGGGUCUGGCUGUGUGCCAGGCAUGGGAUGGACCCGGAGCCCCGCGGGCACGCUGACCUGGGCCCGCACCAUGCUGCCCGCGCCCCUCCGCCCGCUCCUUGAUGCCGCGCGGGAGGAAGCGCGCUGGACCCGCCCCGAAGGCGCCGCUGCAAUUCCGCCAAGAGCCACUGGAGGGCCCUCGCCGCCGCCCGGCCGCGUCCCCGCGCCCCGUCACCCGAGCUAGGACUGUGCCCAGCCGACCCAUAGACGCCAGCACCGCCGCCUCCUGGGUAACGCCGCAGUUCGACUUAGCCGCGGACAGCUGCCUCCCGGACCCCCGGAAUCGCCGUCGCCGAGACCCGGCCCGGCAUUCGCGUCGGAGCUCCGCGCCCAAGUUCCCGCGGCUCAGCUUUGACAGCCCAGAGCCAGCUCGGGGCUCCACCGCCCGCGCGCCCCGCGGCGUCCCGGCGCACCCCAGGCCUCCGGGAAAGGGGGUCUGCAGGAGCCCCUUGGUGCCCGUGCUCAGCCCCCAGGCCCAGGCCCGCCCGGGCUGCCCGCACGCCCCCACCCCGCCCGACCUCAGGACCCCCGAGCCCGCCGCGGCCCCGGGCCAGGGGGAAAACAGCCCCGAGCCGGGGCCCGUCCUGGUGAGGGACACCCCCGAGGACAAGUACGGGCUGAAGGUCACGUGGAGAAGGAGGCAGCAGCUGCUGGCCUUUCUGCAGGACAGGGGCAAGCUGAGCAGAAGCCAAGUGCACGUGAAGAUCUGACCCAGGGGCCACCCCCGGCAGCAGGGGUGCAGAGCCGGGAGGAGCAACCGGCCCCAAACCAAAACAACAGCCAAAAGGAAAAUGGAACCCUCGCAGCCGCUUUCCCAGCAGCACCCCGAAAGGGGCGGCGGGUUUGCGGGGAGAGGCCGCAGGGACCCCCGGAGGCUCAGCACAGGGCGUCCGCUGAUGGAGCCGGAAGGGCUCCCCCAGACCUGGCGUCCCAAGGGACUUUUAAAGCCCACAUUCGGCCUUCGAAGUGCUCUGUGCCUGGAACAGUUUCCCCUGUGUACAGUCACGAACGGCUCAUUUCCUGUUUCCCUUCCAUUCCCUGUCCCCCGUUUUAAAGCAGCUUCUAGAAACUGUUUCUAAUGUAUAUAAAUAAAUGGUCGUGGAAGUUUUUGAGAGAAUUCAGCCUCGGAAUG